AAAAGGCAGCGCAAUAAACAAAACUAAAAUCUUCGAGAACAAGUCAGAGGCCGAGGGGCUCUUCUUCCAAAAUUCCGAUCAAAUGGGAACGCGACCUCAAAAACCCUCGAGGAGCUAAAAAUUAGGACUAGGGUUUCGCCCAAUCCCCGACCUCUCAAAGGGAAUCUGUCUUCUUUCGAUCGAAAUUAUUUUUAGGGUUUCGAAUUUCGUUAAGAUCUAAGAAUGGCCUGGUUUAGGGCAGCAUCUAGCGUAGCUAGACUAGCGAUUAGGCGAAACCUAGCUCAAUCUCAUCACCACGUCACUAGACCUCGAACCCUAACUAGAUCUUUUCAAUCCUCUGCUCUGAGACAAAAGGCAGCGGAAUCGGGCGCUCCGGUUCCUCGAGCCGUACCUUUGUCUCGACUCACUGAUAGCUUUCUGGAUGGCACGAGCAGUGUUUAUCUUGAGGAGCUACAGAGAGCGUGGGAGGCUGAUCCCAAUUCAGUGGAUGAAUCUUGGGAUAAUUUUUUUAGGAAUUUUGUCGGUCAAGCCUCCACCUCGCCGGGGAUUUCCGGUCAGACUAUCCAAGAGAGCAUGAGGUUGCUUCUUUUGGUUAGGGCUUAUCAAGUGAAUGGUCAUAUGAAGGCUAAGUUGGAUCCUUUAGGUUUGGAACAGAGGGAAAUUCCGGAGGAUUUAGAUCUGGCUCUCUACGGGUUUUCUGAAGCUGAUUUGGAUAGAGAGUUCUUUCUUGGGGUCUGGAGAAUGGCGGGUUUCUUGUCUGAGAACCGACCUGUCCAAACACUGAGGGAGAUUUUGAGCAGGCUUGAAAGGGCUUAUUGUGGGACCAUUGGGUAUGAGUAUAUGCAUAUCCCUGAUAGAGAGAAGUGUAAUUGGUUGAGGGAUAAGAUUGAGACGGUGAAGCCUAGGUCUUAUAGUCCGGACCGUCAGUUGGUUAUUCUCGAUAGGCUAAUUUGGAGCACUCAAUUUGAGAACUUUUUGGCCACAAAGUGGACUGCGGCAAAAAGAUUCGGCCUUGAGGGUGCGGAAACGUUGAUUCCUGGUAUGAAGGAGAUGUUUGAUAGAGCUGCUGAUCUUGGAGUGGAGAGCAUUGUCAUUGGGAUGUCUCACAGAGGAAGGCUCAAUGUGUUGGGCAAUGUUGUUAGGAAGCCAUUGAGGCAGAUAUUUAGUGAGUUCAGUGGAGGGACAAAGCCUGUGGAUGAGGUCGGUUUGUAUACAGGGACUGGUGAUGUGAAGUACCAUUUGGGUACUUCUUAUGAUAGGCCUACCCGAGGUGGGAAGAGGAUUCACCUGUCUUUAGUUGCGAAUCCGAGUCAUUUGGAGGCUGUGGAUCCGGUUGUGGUUGGAAAAACUCGAGCGAAGCAGUAUUACUCAAACGAUGCAGAGAGAGUGAAGAAUUUGGGAGUAUUGAUUCACGGAGAUGGAAGUUUUGCAGGGCAGGGUGUGGUCUAUGAGACUCUACAUCUGAGUGCUCUUCCCAACUAUACAACUGGCGGAACAAUUCAUAUAGUGGUUAACAAUCAAGUUGCUUUCACUACUGAUCCACGGGCUGGAAGGUCCUCACAGUAUUGUACAGAUGUUGCUAAAGCCUUAAAUGCUCCAAUUUUCCAUGUGAAUGGAGAUGAUAUGGAAGCUGUAGCUCAUGUUUGUGAACUUGCAGCAGACUGGCGACAAACGUUCCAUUCAGAUGUGGUGGUUGACGUAGUCUGUUACCGUCGUUUUGGUCACAAUGAGAUUGAUGAGCCCUCGUUCACACAGCCUAAAAUGUACAAGGUUAUUCGUAAUCAUCCAAGAGCACUGGACAUUUACCAGAACGAACUCUUAGAAUCAGGCCAGAUCUCCAAAGAUGAUAUUGAGAGAAUAAAUAACAAAGUUAAUUCUAUCUUAAAUGAGGAAUUCAAUAACAGCAAGGAUUAUGUUACCACGAAAAGAGACUGGCUUUCAGCUUAUUGGGCUGGCUUCAAAUCUCCUGAGCAGAUUUCACGUAUAAGGAACACUGGAGUGAACCCUGAAGUACUGAAAAGUGUUGGGAAAGGCAUCACAACAAUUCCUGAAACUUUCAAGCCUCAUAGAGCAGUUAAGAAGAUAUUUGAGCAGCGUGCUCAGAUGAUUGAAACUGGUGAAGGUAUUGAUUGGGCAGUCGGAGAGGCACUUGCUUUUGCAACCCUUAUCGUCGAAGGUAACCAUGUGAGAUUGAGUGGUCAGGAUGUUGAAAGAGGCACAUUCAGUCAUCGCCAUUCAGUCAUUCAUGACCAAGAGACGGGAGAGCAGUAUUGCCCCCUAGAUCAUAUUGUUAUGAACCAAAACGAAGAGUUAUUUACAGUUAGCAACAGCUCACUGUCUGAGUUUGCAGUGCUUGGGUUCGAAUUAGGGUACUCAAUGGAGAAUCCCAAUUCUUUGGUACUUUGGGAGGCUCAGUUUGGUGAUUUCGCGAAUGGUGCUCAAGUAAUAUUUGAUCAGUUCUUGAGUAGUGGAGAGUCAAAGUGGCUCCGACAAACUGGGCUUGUUGUAUUGCUGCCUCACGGUUAUGAUGGUCAAGGUCCUGAGCAUUCAAGUGCACGAUUGGAACGUUUUCUCCAGAUGAGUGACGACAACCCUUAUGUUAUACCUGAGAUGGAACCAACUCUUCGGAAACAGAUCCAGGAGUGCAAUUGGCAAAUUGUGAAUGUUACAACACCUGCAAAUUAUUUCCACGUAUUGCGUCGCCAGAUACACAGGGAGUUCCGGAAACCUCUAGUAGUAAUGUCUCCCAAAAAUCUGCUUCGCCACAAGGAUUGCAAAUCAAACCUAUCGGAAUUUGAUGAUCUUGAAGGACAUCCGGGAUUUGAUAAACAGGGAACAAGGUUCAAACGGCUUAUUAAAGAUCAGAACGAUCACAAAGAGGUUGAGGAGGGUAUUAAUCGGUUGAUUUUAUGCUCUGGAAAGGUGUAUUAUGAGUUAGAUGAAGAACGAAAGAAGACAGAGCGCAAGGAUGUUGCUAUAUGCAGAGUUGAACAACUUUGCCCAUUCCCCUAUGACCUUGUUCAGAGAGAGUUGAAGCGAUAUCCAAACGCAGAAAUUGUCUGGUGCCAAGAAGAACCAAUGAACAUGGGUGCAUACAGUUACGUAAACCCUCGCCUCUCCACUGCCAUGCGUCCCCUCAGCAGAGGAUCAAUCGAAGACAUAAAAUACGUCGGAAGAGGGCCUUCAGCUGCAACAGCCACCGGUUUCUACGCUGUUCAUGUACGGGAGCAGACUGAGCUUGUGAAGAAAGCCCUACAGCGAGAGCCCAUCAAUUAUCCCUAUUGAGUCAUGUUGAAGGUAUUAAUGCUUCCUGUAGAAAAUAAGUAGAUGGGAGGUGUUGGUUGAGCCCACGAGUUCAUUCGGUUGAAUAAAAUCUGUAUUCAUAUUAGAAAACACUUCAUUGCUAUUUUUUGGAUGUUCAUGCUAGUGGGUGCAAAGGUAACAAAUUGCAUUCCCCCUAUGCAAACAGAGCAUUAUUUUUCGCAGUUCUUUUUAUGAUGCCGCUGGAUUGAUAUCGUUUUGUGUUUGAGCAUCAAGUUACCCAGAUUUGAUGAUUUUGCGAUGAGUACGUGUCUUGGCCUGGUAAUGAAAAGUUUUAUUUGCAUGUCGA